AAAAUAGAAAGAGAGGCAACUGAUUAUAUACACACACAGAAGUAAUAUGAAACUGAAAGAGGAUAAGGUAAAGAAGAAGAAUAGGUUGUAAUGGCAUUAAGAGCUUACAUUACCACACUGGUUUCAUCCAUUCAAGCAGCCGAAAACAGUGAAGAAAAAUACAGAGGUUUAAGAUUCAGAAAAACUACAAGGGUUACAGAAGGUAGUGGUGGUGGUGGUGAAGGAAGAAGAGCGCUACUUCUUUCAACUGUUGCUGCUCUUACUCAAGUUACCGACUCCAAGACACAGCUUCUUCAAAAGUACCUGAAGAAAUCAGAGGACAACAAAACCAAGAACGAUAAAGAGAGAUUAGACAGCUACUACAAGCGCAAUUACAAGGACUACUUCGCAUUUGAAGAAGGCACAUUGAGACAGAAGAAAGAACUUACUGAAGCAGAGAAGGGCAUUCUCAGUUGGCUUGAAGCUAACAAAUAAUAUGUACCCUCUUCCAGGACAUGUCAUAUUGUAAUUUUAAUUCGGUUUCAGAAUGAGAUUAGAUUCUAUAGUCA